GACAAAUACAAUCUUAACUCAUUUGUCGCUGUCAUUCUCGCACACCCGUGGUGAAAAUUGCCUUCACCACUGAGGGGGAAGGUUAUCUCCCAGGGUGGGCAAGGAAGAUGUCAAAGAAGAAGCACAAAAAGUCGAGGCACAGAACACAUUCACCGAAGGAGGAGGAUGAGAAGAGUGCAAAUAAACACCGGAGAGUGGCAACUGAUAAAAUCGAAGCAGGCAAUCAUGACCAUCAUGGCCCACUGACGUCUGAGGACCGCAAAAGAAAAACAGAGAAUCGGGACAAGAUCUUGCCCCCACCCAAAAAGCCCAGUCCAGAGGAAGGCCGCGAGGUCAAAAAGCCUGUCUACCGCCUCGCCGCCACAGCUGGGGAAAAAGACAGCCGAAAAAGGGAAGAGGACAUCGUACCAAAGAGAGAACACCACAGGAGACAUGAAGAGAGACACGGUGAAAAGAAACUCUCGGAAACAUCCCACGCGGCUUCCACCAAAGACCGCAAAAGAACCCUGUCUAGCUCUGAGACGAGCCAGUCUCAACCCCGCAGCAGCACCUCGUCCCCACAGAAGAGCAAAGCCAGCCGGCACCACACUCAGGAAGGAUGUACUGUGUCAGGGGCCAGAGCAAGUCGCAGCACUGCCGCUAGCGCUACUGCUAGCGCUUCCGCUAGGACUGCCGCUAGGACUGCCGCUAGCCCUGCAAAAAGUGCCUCUGUUGAUCUGCAGGAGCAGAGGACGAAGUUGGUGAAAAGGAGGACAGAGGGGGAGGACCCAGAGCCUCCAGCCAAGACCUCCAGGAGCACCCCGACCCUGCGGCGGCAGUCCGAGGAGUUGAGGGAGGAGAGGAAGAAGCUGGUGGAGAGAAGGAGGUCCACGGAGGAGGUCGAGGCCAAGGCAUCAUCAACAAAGCAGGAGAAAGGGGUCACACAAGGGAAGACUCGGAAGAGUAACACAUUAGCGUCUUCUUUUUCCUCUUCCUCUUCCUCUUCCUCCUCAGCCAAACUCAGUGGUUCAGCCCAACCGGACUCAGGUUCCACGGUACAGCAGGCUCCAAGAACCUCCGCAUCAGGGACGGAGAGUCAUGCCUCUCCCAAACCACAGCCCUCCAUCAGCUUCAGGAUCCCCAAAAAGCCCAGUGCUCCUCCUCCACCACGGGUAAACAUCUGGGAGCAGGAUGACGAGAGCACGGAACAGCCUGACAUUACUCCCACUAAACCCCUCUCUACAGCCAAGGCAGCCCACAUCACUGCUUCUUUCAUACCACGCUCUUUAACUAAAGCAAGGCCGCUUAUUACCUCUUUUAAACCCUUAUCUUUAACUAAAACAUCGCAGGUUACUGCUUCUUUCAAACCUCUCUCCACAGCAAAAACAAGUCAGACUACUGCUUCUUCCAAACCCCUCUCGACAACUACACCAGUACAGGCUACUGUGUCUUUCAAACCCCUUCCUAUUACUAAAGCAGUCAGCGCUACUGCUCCUUCCAAACCCCCUCCUAUUACUAAAGCAGCCAGAGCUACUGGUCCUUCCAAACCCCCUCCUAUUACUAAAGCAGUCAGCGCUACUGCUCCUUCCAAACCCCUUCCUAUUACUAAAGCAGCCAGAGCUACUGCUCCUUCCAAACUCCUUCCUAUUACUAAAGCAGUCAGAGCUACUGCUCCUUCCAAACCCCUCUCUACGACAGGAGCAGGUCUUGCUUCUAUUUCACCUAAACCACCUUCCACACCAAGAGCAGGUCCAGCUUCUACUGGUCCACUUACACCUGUCUCCACAACCAAAUCUGGCCAGAAUGCUGCUUCUUUUAAACCUUUCUCAGAGCAGGCUGCUGCUUCACCUCAGCCACUCUCCACACCAAGAGCUGCCCAGGCUGUGGAUCGGACACCCCCCACAUAUACACCCCAGCAGCCUGAGAAGGACAAUAAUGUUCCACGGGGAUUCUACUCCGUGGCUGCAUCUUUCAGUACACCUGGACAUCCCCCUGUGCAAGCCCAGGCUGGUGUGGAUGCCCAUCCCUCAUUCUGGAGUCCACAGACAGUGCCAGAACCUUCAUUUAUUUUGCAAGAGGACAAUCAUGACAAUGAUCAAGAGAUGCAGCUGCUGGAGGAGCUCCAGCAGGCCCGUUGUGAGCAUCUAUUAGAGGUGAACGUGGUUGAGAGUUACGGGGAGCUGACUGCUAUGGAUAUUGAUCCACCAGAAGAGGGCACCGCACCCACAUCAAUGCUCAGCAAAGAACUCAUACAGCAAGACCUCCUCAUCGUCUUGGACACCAACAUCCUGCUGAGUCACCUGGACUUGGUGAAAAAGAUCCGCUCACAGGGUCUCAGGAGUUUGGGCUUCCCCACCAUGCUCAUCCCCUGGGUGGUGCUGCAGGAGCUGGACGCCAUAAAGAACGGCAAGCUGACCAACGCGGUGACGCGUCGGGCCACGCCGGCCGUCAACUACAUCUACAACUGCCUGAAGAACCAGGAGCCCCGCCUCUGGGGACAGUCCAUGCAGCAGGCCUCGCUGGCCCUCUGUGGGCUGAAAACUGAGAAUAAUGAUGAUCGUGUUCUGCAGUGCUGUCUGCAGUACCAGAAGCUCUACCCAAAAAGUGGUCUCAUCCUCUGCACGAAUGAUAAGAACCUGUGCAGUAAGGCAGUAUUAAGUGGGGUCAGGGCUCUCAGUAAGGCAGACCUGCUGCAGGAGGUGGACAGACUCAAGGCAGGGGUCCUCAGCACCACGCCCACAGCUGACCAGCGCAUUGCCUGUCCCGGCUGGCCGCCUGCCGAGAAAGAUGAGAGCAGGAGCAGGGAGGAGGCCAAGUCCAAAAGCGAGAGGGCCGAGCGGGCUGUGGAGGAGGAGGAGGAGAGGAGGCGAGCGCUGGCGGCCGCUCGAGAGCUGAGUGAGUCGGUGUGUGUCCUGGAGGACACCCUGAAGGACGUGCUGUCGGCCAUCCUCCAGCAGGAGAUGAAGGAGGCCUAUGGAGACCUCUGGACAGAGAUUGUGUACCUGAAACCUCCCUGGAGUCUGAGCCAUGUGUUGCAGUGUGUGAAGAAGCACUGGAUCGCCGUGUUUGGAAGCAUCGUCCAGCGUGGGCUUCAGAGCUACAUCAGCCAGCUCAACGACUGCCUAUGCACAAAUAAGACGGUGGACCGUGAGCGUAUGCUGCAGGCUCUCUCUCUGGCAGUGGAGCUCCUGACAGGCUUCAGCAGCAGGAGUCACUACAGCGGCCUCCUCCCCCAGAGCCUGAACACCCUCCAGGGGCUCCUGCAGCACCUCCAGCCCCAGCCAUCGAGGUGUCCAAAGGCAGAUGAUGACUCUGUUAUGUUGGAGGUGGAGGAGGCCUCGCAGGAGACUCCUGUGACCCACCAGGAUGUGUGGCAGUUGUUUGAGAACAUCUGGAGCAACCUGUUGGGGCACAGCGCCGAUGUGUUCACAGCCCUCCAGUUCACGCCGAGCUCCAUGGAAACGCCCCCGUCUAGAAAAUCUUCUCUGUCUUCCCAGGAUGCACUCUGUGAACUCCAGAAGCUCGGUGUGGCUGUUGCACAACUGCUGCAGUGUUUUGAGAGGCUUCUCUCGGCUGACUGCUCAGUGAAUGAUGCCCAGUCUCUACUCACCUUCAUAGAGGCCACGAAGGUUGCUGCUCUCGAGCCUCGCUUCACUGCUCAGGCCCUAUGUGAUUGUCUGUCACAGCAAGAGUACAGGCAGAAGCUGUGUACGGGUGGCAGCCAGCUGCUGCAGCUGCAGGUGGAUCUGGAGAGGUGUGCUGCCGGAGUGGAGCAGGCGUGGAGCUGAUGACCACUUCCUGUCCCAACCUCCCCGAUCCCUCUCCACCAUCAACAAAACCACUUACCUUAUCCCCUACUAACAACCCUGGACCUGGGACAGACUUUGUCCAAUUUCCCCCUUAAAUCAAAAUCCAACCCCCCCAUUCAUUCUCCCUAACCCUAUGUACAAACUGUCAUAGGCAGUAUAACUCAUGAAAUUAAUUUUGAAACAACCUGGACUACUACUAAAAGCCACCUAGUCUUAAAUCUCCCCCAUCGCUCAAGUAGACACCAAGAGCCCAGAGCUGAUGUCGUUCUCCUCUGCCACAACAUCUUGUUUCCCGUUCGUAAAACUUUAUGAGAAAUCACAGGGCUGCACAAGAGCUCGUCUGAAAUGAUUCAGGAAACCUCGGGGUUGAGUCGAGCAGCUUGCAAGUUAUUAGUUGCCGUUUUUUGUCUCGCGUUGUUGUUGGUUUUCAACGUAGCCAGUAUAUCAGGGACCAUAUCUUUAAAAAGCCAACAGUGCCAAUGCAAGAUCUUUAGCAGGACCUCUGCUUGUUAUCACUUCUUAUCGUCUUCCACCCAGAUCAAUUACCCUCUGGGGUUUAGUCUGACCUGGCUGAAGAGUAGCUGGGAUCUCCUGAGCAAAAAAAAAGGGCUUGAAACCUGUCCAGUAGUGUGUUAUGUUCUGGAACAUUCUUGACCGUCUCCUGUUUUGAAAACUCUGCUCGCCUGAGUUCUGUUCUUGGCUGCCGCAGCGCUGGCUCCGCCGAGACGGAGACGGGGCUGAGUGGAGUGCACAUGCACGCCCAGGCCACACGUGCCAUUUCCUGCGGGCGAAUAGUGAAGCCUGCCCCGAGACGGCCCCAGGUCUCUGCUUUGACGUUCGCCCUUUUGUGGCCACGCGGGUUACAUAACAGCACUCUCUCUCUCUCUCUCUCUCUCUCUCCGAGCCUGGCAGCCAAUCAGCCAGAAGAGGUAUGCGAGUGAUGUCACAAUGGAGCCUCGGAUGCAGCUCAGCCACUUUUGUUUCUUUGCAUUUUCUUCUGUUGUGGUUGUUCUUUUUCUCCUGGGAGUUGGCUAUGCAUUAUACCUCAAACGACAAAGUCUGAAAACAUUUUUUUUUUUUUUUUUACGUUUAUAUUUUAUGAGAUUUACACUGCUCAGGUUCGAUGUAGAUAAACCAAGUUUGAACAUUUGUUUUGUUUUUUAUCAUGAAUAAAUUAUAAAUUGUAUGCCCUUUGUUUACUGUAAUUUAGUAUUAACUUGGAGACUGUUCUUCACUACAAACUGUAAAUAGUUUUAUGUAAAUGCACUUUUUUGAGAAGUUUGUUUUCAAUAAAAACAAAUG